AAGCAGAUGUAGGACAUCAUAAACAAUCGCGUGGGCUCCUGUUUACUCGAGGUCUUACGGGAUCGCAAAGGAUAAAUGAUAUUAUCUUUGAUUAUUUGCCCUGCAACGGUCCACACAGACACACAGCAAUCGGUUAAACAAAUAAACAGUUUCCAUUAUCUCAACACCAAUUUGACUUUCAGUCGACUUUGAGCCAAAAGACGCACCAGAUUCGUCCAGGAAAGGUGUGACAGUUUCAGGAAUCAAACGAGUCUUUUAAAAUUGACCGUAAGAUGGCAACUCCCGCCGGUGAUAACGACUCUAUUCAAAACGGAAGUACGCUAAAAAGGAUUCAUUUCCAAGAAGAGGGUCAUCGAAGCGGUUACAUUCCGCGAGGAAUUAUUCCCGUCGAUGACAUUGGAAAUAUCGAACCAGCUGGUUACGCUCCAGGAGAAAAGGAAUUGCGAUGUAAAUUGGCCGCGCUUUACAGAUUAGUGGAUCACCUUGGGUGGUCCCAGUCGGUGUUUAACCACAUUACUGUUAAAGUAAGCGAAGAUGACCAUCAUUUUCUCCUGAAUCCAUUUGGAUUGCUCUACCAUGAAAUCACCGCCUCGUCACUAAUCAAAGUGGACGUCCAGGGCAACAUGAUUGACAAAGGAUCCACCUAUUUCGGUGUGAACAUUCCUGGUUUUGUUCUACACUCGGCCGUUCAUUCGGCACGUCCGGACGCCAAAUGUGUGAUUCACAUUCAUCACGCAUCCUGCAUUGCUGUGGCUUCGAUGAAAUGCGGCUUUCUCCCGGUCAGUCAGGAGGCUGUACUCGUCGGCAACGUGAGCUACCACGAUUUUUAUGGCGUUCUGGUCGACAGAGCCGAGCGCGAAACCAUCAUUAAAAAUUUGGGCAACAAUCAUAUUAUGUUUUUGCGUAAUCACGGCUUAGUUGUCGCCGGCCGCACGGUGGAGGAAGCUUUUACCCGUGCCUACCACACGGUGCUGGCGUGUGAAGCCCAAGUCACGAUGAUGUCCGCUGGUCUGGAGAACCUGAUCAUCGUUUCCGAAGAGGCCAAGCAGCGUUCCAUGGAAGUUGUUCGUCGCGCUCAAGAAAUGAUCGAAGAUGGCGCCCUGAAAGAAAAAGCGGGCCAGCAGCAGCAACCAUCAUCGGGAGACGUUGAUACUAAAGAGAAGAAGGCGCCUCAAGUCAGGUGGAACCUCGGCGACCUCGAAUUCGAAGCGUACAUGCGGAUGAUGGACAAUGCCGGAUAUCGAACGGGAUACCCGUACCGUCUUCCAUCGUUCAAGAGACCGACAGAAAAUUAAAUACUCUUUAACAGACAAAAGCAGCUCACGAUUUCAAGGUGCUGCGUGACACUGACAGCAGCAGCCCCCACGGGCUAACUGUUUCGGAGGAGGAGGACAGCUCCUCUAGUGCAUGUAAUAACUUUGUAAUUUUUUUGUCUGUCGUUUUACGUGCAGACAUUUUAUAUAUCUACCGCGGUAUUGUGUCUGUGUGUGUGUGUAACUUGGACCUGUAGGGUAUGCAGUAGUAGAAAACUAUGCUAUUACACAGAGGGUUGAAAGGUCG